CUUUUAAGGACGACAAUCCCACCAUGGGAUUCGUAAUUAUUCGUGCCCCACGUUAACUACAGCCCACCACUACCCGUGUCCCACUCUCAGCUAACCUCGGACAAGAUAGUCCGACCGCAUACCUCCAUACCCGCGGUUCCCCCAAUCACCACCAGCACCCUUCAUAAGCCCCCAAUUGCCCCGCGUUAAGCCAUUGUACCUUACAUGAUUUCUCUCGGCACAGGAAAUCUUAUCCGCCGCACCCAGAUCCUCUGCCGGAGCUUCGUUGCCCAUAAACCCCGCUCGGCCGUACUAUCCAGUGUAACAUCGCAAACGACGCGAUUGAUUCUCCCCACAGCUUUUGCCAGAAUGAGUUCCAGCCAAGCCAAGCGCCUCGCAGGCAAGACGAUCCUGAUCACCGGCGCGAGCUCCGGGAUUGGAAAGAGCACGGCGCUGGAGUUUGCGCGCACCCAGCCAGACGACUUGAAGCUGAUCCUGACUGCGCGCCGGCUCGAGACGCUGCAAGAAGUAGCCAAGGAGAUUUCAGGCGUCGCCAAGGGCGUCAAGGUCCACGUUGUCAAACUCGAUGUCAGCAGUGUGUCUGAGAUUGGGCAAUUUGUCAGCAACCUGCCGGAAGAGUUCAAGCAGAUCGAUGUGCUAGUGAACAACGCCGGCCUCGUCAAGGGCGUAGACAAAGCGCCCGAGAUCAAACAGGACGAUAUAAACGUCAUGUUCCAGACCAACGUCACCGGCCUGAUCGCUAUGACACAAGCCAUCCUGCCCAUAUUCCUCGCGCGCCCCGACGGUGGCCGCGGCGACAUCAUAAACAUCGGCUCCAUUGCGGGUCGCGAGCCUUACCAGGGCGGCAGUAUCUACUGCGCGACCAAGGCCGCGGUGCGCAGCUUCACGGAUAGCUUGCGCAAGGAGCUCAUCGCGAGUCGCGUCAGGAUUAUCGAGAUUGAUCCCGGGCAGGUCGAGACGGAGUUCAGUGUGGUCAGGUUUGGCGGCGAUAAGGAGAAGGCGAAGAAGGUCUAUGAAGGCGUGGAGCCCCUGACGGGUGAUGAUAUUGCGGAAGUUGUUGUUUUUGCGGCCGCCAGGAGGGAGAAUGUGGUUAUUGCUGAUACGCUGGUUUUCCCUAACCACCAAGCGGCGGCUACGGUUAUGCACAGGAAGUCGACAUAAUAGAGGCUUUCUCAGCCAUGUCGAAUCGAGAGUGUGUGUACAUAAACCGAGCCACCAAUACAGCCCAAAGCUUGCACAUCGUAGCAUUGUCGUCGAAUAUCUCUCUCGUUGCGGAUUGCUUGACAAGUUCCGUAAUCUUGCUAAUGGCCAGCAGGUAGCGAUCAAUACGACGGCUGAAGGUCACGGACAGGGUAGUAGCGCACGACCGGUGCUCACUGACAUGGCGCAGAUCAAUCGCGUGAUUGCAAGACUUAUUCGUAUCACAUGUCACUGCCCACGAUCGGGUACGGCUUUCAAACAGUAGAAGAGCUUCACUUGUCGCCGUUGUGCC